AUGUAUUUAGAAAAGAUAGAAAUUGUAAACAUCUCAAAUAUUAAUAAGCUAAAAGUAAUAUUGAAAGAAAGGAAUAAAAGCUCUAACAUUGACUCUUAGUGCCAAUAAUUGGAAAUAGCUAAAGUAGGGAAUAUUUAAAGUAUUUCUUAAUGCUAAAUUCAUAAAAUUAGGAAGUUAAAGGAUAGUUAUCGGGACGAAUAAGCUGAAUGAUAAGAUAUAAAGCAAUAUCGUAUGA